GGGUGCGAAUCCGCUGCCGGCGAGCGGCGGGAGAUGCUGGAGGUUUGCGAGCCGAAGCGGCUGCAGCUGGCGCCGCGUCUGCCCCGCGUGCCCGGAGCGGAUUCUGCCCGCCGCCCCCGGAGCCCUCGGCGCCCCCGCUGAACACGCGAUCGCUUCCUCCGUGUGACCGACCGGCGCUGCAGCUCAGAGCCUGGCAAUGCCGUUUGGGUGUGUGACUCUGGGCGAUAAGAAGAACUAUAACCAGCCGUCGGAGGUGACUGACAGAUAUGAUUUGGGACAGGUCAUCAAGACUGAGGAGUUCUGCGAGAUCUUCCGGGCCAAGGACAAGACGACGGGCAAGCUGCACACGUGCAAGAAGUUCCAGAAGCGGGACGGCCGCAAGGUGCGGAAGGCGGCUAAGAACGAGAUAGGCAUCCUCAAGAUGGUGAAGCAUCCCAACAUCCUGCAGCUGGUGGAUGUGUUUGUGACCCGCAAGGAGUACUUCAUCUUCCUGGAGCUGGCCACGGGGAGGGAGGUGUUUGACUGGAUCCUGGACCAGGGCUACUACUCGGAGCGAGACACGAGCAACGUGGUGCGGCAGGUCCUGGAGGCCGUGGCCUACCUGCACUCACUCAAGAUCGUGCACAGGAACCUCAAGCUGGAGAACCUGGUUUACUACAAUCGGCUGAAGAACUCAAAGAUCGUCAUCAGUGACUUCCAUUUGGCUAAGCUAGAGAACGGCCUCAUCAAGGAGCCCUGUGGGACUCCCGAGUACCUGGCCCCGGAGGUGGUAGGGCGACAGCGGUAUGGACGCCCUGUGGACUGCUGGGCCAUUGGUGUCAUCAUGUACAUCCUGCUUUCAGGGAACCCACCCUUCUAUGAGGAGGUGGAGGAAGAUGACUAUGAGAACCAUGACAAGAACCUCUUCCGCAAGAUCCUGGCCGGCGACUAUGAGUUUGACUCUCCAUAUUGGGAUGAUAUUUCACAGGCAGCCAAAGACCUGGUAACAAGGCUGAUGGAGGUGGAGCAAGACCAGCGCAUCACCGCAGAAGAGGCCAUCUCCCAUGAGUGGAUUUCUGGCAAUGCUGCUUCUGAUAAGAACAUCAAGGAUGGUGUCUGCGCCCAGAUUGAAAAGAACUUUGCCAGGGCUAAGUGGAAGAAGGCUGUCCGAGUGACCACCCUCAUGAAACGGCUCCGGGCACCGGAGCAGUCCAGCACAGCGACAGCCCAGUCUGCGCCAGCCACAGACACUGCCACCGCUGGGGCUGCAGGUGGGGGUGCAGCUGCAAGUGGGGCUGCCCCAGCCCUUGGGGGCAGUGCCACCUCAGCCACAGCGGGUGCUACUGCUCUUGCCUCAAAGAGCGAUAAUGUAGCCCCCGCAGACCGUAGUGCCACCCCAGCCACUGAUGGCAGUACCACCCCGGCCACCGAUGGCAGUGUCACCCCAGCCACCGACGGGAGCAUCACCCCAGCCACCGAUGGGAGCAUCACCCCAGCCACUGAUAGGAGUGUUACUCCAGCCACUGAUGGGAGAGCCACACCAGCCAUGGAAGAGAGCACCAUGCCCACCACCCAAAGCAGUGUCACACCAGCCACCAAGGCAGCUGCCACCCCUGAGCCGGCUUUGGCCCAGCCGGACAGCACAGCCCCCGGGGGCACAACAGGCCAGGCUCCACCCUCUAGUAAAGGCAAAGAGGCUGCUGGCUAUGCCCAGGAGUCUCGGAGGGAGGAGACCAGCUGAGUGAGCAGGCUGGUGUGGGGCAGGGGGCGGGCAGGAGGGUGGGAGACUGGAUGAGGGGCUUCUCACUGUACAUAAGAGUCACUGGCAUGAUGCCCUUGCUCCCUCCUGCCCCUGCCUCCCAGUGUGGGGCAUGUCUGGGGGCCACGGGAGAGCAGUCUCAUCUCCUGUGUGUACCUGCGUGAGUGGUCUGCAGGCCAGAGGCAGGACCGGCCCCAGCCCCUGCAUGGAUUCCUUGUGGCUUUUCUGUCUUUCGCUAGCUUCACCAGUUUCUGUUCCUUGCGGGAUGCUGCUCUAGGGAUACUCAGGAGGUCCCUGCUCCCUUUCCCCUUCCCUUUUUGCCUCACAAUUUCCCCAGGCAGGCCCUGCAGGUCCCAUCCUCUCCCAGGCCCUAAACUUGGGUGGCCUUGCCCUGAGAGCUGGUCCUCCAGCGAGGCCCUGUCAGCGGUCUUAGCCUCCUGCACAUGAAGGUAUGUGCCUGUGGUAUGUGGGCUGCUUGAAGAAUGGGCACAGGCCGGUAUAGAGAAUGCACAAAUCUAGGGCAGUAUGCUUUAAGACAAGACUGGUUGCAUGGUUGGGGGCACUGCUUGGUAGCUUUGGGGGUCGUCAGAAGUGAAAAAGAAUGAGUAGGGGGGUAGAAACGUCCACUUUUGUUCCUGGAAACUUCCCACCAAUACCCUUGUGCUAUUUCCUGCCCUCCUGGGUUCUGCAGUGGGUUGCACUGUGCCCUGAGCUUCAUGAGCCUGUAAGGGGAAGGAGGAACAGUUGGGAUGUGGCAAUGAAAACUGGGAAGGCAGAGUGCAGGCCCAGUACCUAGUGUACCAGCCUAGCUGGGUCCUUACCCUGAGCCAGACAGGGAGGGCUGAUAUCCCUUGGCUCUUCUCUGAUCAUGUCCCUCAGGCUCAGGCUACAGUCCUCUCCAUCCCAGGGGGCCUGCCACAUGGCAGUGUCCCAUAGUCUAAUUUGGGGGUUUGCCCUUCACAGGGGCAGAUUUCUCUCCUAAUUCAAAAAUAAAAUAGAGAGGAACCCCCCCCACGUCUGUGACCCAUUUCCCCUUCUGUCAGGGCUUAGAGAGAGGCCCAGGUGCCUCUGAGCUAUGCUGAGUUGCUUUUUCUGGGAUGAGGAAGUGGAGUAAGGCUCCCCAGUUUCCUGAUGGAGGCUCCUGGCAGGUGCCCUUUGUCAGACCCCACCACAGCUUGGGCAGGCAGCCACACUGGUCCCGGCCUUUGCUCGGCACUCCAGUGGCAGUUCUGCCCUUCUCCCUGCAUGCCUGUGGGUCUGCUCUGGUGUAUGAAGGUCGGUAGGCUAACUGUAUGCCUACUGAACCUGGCAAAUAAAUGUCACCCUGCCAAAGCCUCUGGCCAUCCUCUUGCCUUUUGCUUCCUCUGUCUUACUGGGGAGGGGCCCCUAGAAGGCAGUGGGGAGGGAAGAGGCUGGGAGCAGUUUCACAGAUCUGUGCCUAGUGCCAUGAGGAUUGCUUGGGCUGAGAGUACAGAUCAUUCUUUACCACUGUGUGUUCCUUGAUUGUGGUGGUGGGCCCUCUGGACUCUAGAAGUCCAUGUGGGUGGUGGGCCCUGUCCUGGGCUUGUGCCAAGGAAAAACCUCUGGGCUGCUGUUCUGACAAGACCUGUUGAACAAGGAGCCCUUGUCUUGACUUAGGCAUACAACUGAAACUCACCAGGACCACCCACCAAAAGGAGAGACCUUGCCCGUGGCCAAAGUGGGUUUCCCUGGGUUGGGGAGAGGGUGCAGCGUGGGCAGUGCACAAAGGUUCUGUGCUGCCCUUUGUGUUGAUUCCUCCUCCCUGUGAACAACGCCCGUGCUUUGCACACAGGCCCAAAGAACUUCACUCUGGGUCUACUUCAGGUGGAACAAAUCAGCUUUAGAUCAUGGGCCUCUACAUAAGGUUUCUUCUGAGGAGAGGGUACUAACACUGCUAGAAAUAGUUAAGCAUGAAAACUCCUAGGAAGACUUGUUCCAGUCCUGACUGGCCCAGGUGAAUUCACCAGGGAUGCUGCUCUUUCCCAGGGAGGACCCAAAGAUAACUUCUCUGAUGUGGGAAUCAAUAAAAGGGUUUGUUAGUCACUGGUCUAUGAAGCAUCUGGGCCUCCAAAAUUCUAACCCCACUACAGUCCAGAGGCAUGCUGA